AUGGAGCAGGAUCCUCAGUGCAGUACAGAUAUAAGCGAGUCAGAAAGGGGUGAGUAUGAACAUCAGUGUUACGAAGAACUGAAGAACGGGAAAUACAGGGUUGCUACUCCCGACGGGACAUAUUCUUGUCCAUACUGUCCCAAGGGGAGUAGGCAAGACUAUGCUUACAUUGACAUCUUCCAACAUGCUUAUGGAGUGGGCAAGAGUCAGUCAGCUAAAAGGACAUGCAAGGAGAAAGCAAGUCACCAGGCAUUGGCAAGGUACUUAGAUAAAAUCAUUGGUGGUCCAUUAGCAAAGCCAAAUCUUCUAAUUUAUAAUCUAAACAAAGAGAAUAUUCAAAAUAAUCGCACCGCCUCUUUUGCUUGCCCCUAUUGUCCCGAUAAGAAGAAAGAUUACCUUUUCAAUGAGAUCCUCCAGCAUGCUCUUGGUGUGGCAAAUAGUGGCUCUGAUAAAAGAACAAGUGAAGAGAAAGAAAAUCACCUGGCAUUGGCUAAGUACUUGGGAAAGCAUAUGCCAGGACCAUCAGUAAAACAGAAAGUUAAUGCUGCUCCAGAGAAAGUGAAAGUUGAAAAUGGAGGUCCGUGUUCUUUUGCUUGUCCACACUGUUCCAAGAAGAGAAAGCGAGAAGACCUUUACAAUAUGUUCCUUAAACAUGCUUCUGAAAUGGGCAUGACUAAUUUCGCUAAAAGAGCUUGCAAGGAGAAUGAAUAUCGCUCGGCAUCGGUUAAAGACUUGGGGAGUGAUAAAGCAGGCCCAUCAGAAAGGCCAAAAGGUCAACACGAUCCUGUAAAUGGCUCCGACUAUGACGAUGCAUUUGUCUGGCCUUGGACUGGUGUUGUGGUUAAUAUUCCUACCGCCAGGACAGCUGACGGGCAGCUCUUAGGCGAAUUUAAUGGAUCAGAGUUUAAGGAUGAACUUGUGAGUAGAGGCUUUAAUCCCCUUGGAGUGCUUCCGCUGCACAAUUAUCAAGGUCAUUCAGGAACUGCCAUUGUAGAAUUUGAUGGAGAUUGGCCUGGUUUAUAUCAUGCUAUUUCCUUUGAAAAGGCUUAUGAGGCUGAUUUUCAUGGGAAGAAGGAAUGGAUUGCUAAUAGUGAGGACAAGACAGGCAUUUAUUGUUGGUUUGCCCGUGCCGAUGACUACCAUGCAACCAACAUAGUCGGGGAACAUUUAAGAAGAACGACAGAUCUUAAAACAAUUCCCGAGAUCAUGGAAGUUGAGAAUAAGAUGCAUGAAAAACUUGUCUUUAGUCUAAGGAAUACUCUGAAGAUGAAAAAUAAGAAGUUGGAGGAGAUGACUCUGGGAUGCAAGGAGGCCUCAAGCAUUCUCAAGAACUUGAUGGAAGAUAAAGAAAUGGAUAUUCAGGCUUACAAUGAAGAGAUACAAAAAAUCCAGGCAAGUGCACAUGAUCACUUCCAGAGAAUUAUUAAUGACCAUGAAAAGCUUAAGUCACAGGUGGAAGCUCAGAACAAGGAGCUUGAGAUACAAAGGUUAGAAUUGGAAAAACGAGCAACGAAAAUCGAAACAGACAGAAGAAUGAUGUUGCAAGAGAUUGAAAAAAAAGCAGGCAGAAGUCGCUUGCUCCAGACAGCUCACUUGAAUGAACCGACUACAAGCGAGGAUUUGUUGAAAUUAUCUGAGGAUCUGAAGGAGGAAAAGCAAAAGCUUCACACUAGAAUCAUUCAUCUGGAGAAGCAACUGGAAGCAAAGCCCAAUCUCGAAUCAGAAGUAGUGCAACUUAGAGGUGCAUUGAAUGUGACGGGGGAGAAUGGCGAGGCGGAAAUUCUGGAGCAGGUGGAUGUGAUACUGAAAUGUUCGAGAGAACAGGGAGACGAACUUGACAGCUUAGAAGCAAUGAAUCAGACUCUUAUUGUCAGGGAGCGGAAGAGCAACGACGAGUUGCAAGAUGCCCGUAAGGAGUUGGCUAAUUGUUUGAAAGAAAUGUCUACAUACAGUGGUGAUAUACGUAUUAAGCGUAUGGGAGAACUGAACAGCAGGGCAUUCCUUAUAGCGAUGAAGAGAAAGUACAACGGGGAAGAGGCUGAAGUCAUGGCAGCAGAGCUUUGCUCGUUGUGGGGAGAGCAUCUGAAAGAUCCCGAUUGGCAUCCUUUUAAAGUUGUAACAGUUGAUGGGAAGCAUCAGGAAGUAAUUGAUGAAGAAGAUGAAAGAUUGAAAGGACUGAGAGAAGAGGUUGGGGAAGAAGCUUACGAAACGGUCGCUUCGGCACUAACGGAGAUCAAUGAUUAUAAUCCCAGUGGAAGGUACAUGGUUUCUGAGGUGUGGAACCAGAAAGAAGUUGAGUCGCAGUGUUUCGUAGGCGUCGUCUCCAUCUCCGUCUUCCUCGCUCCUCAGUCCACUGCUGUACUGAUCAGAGUUCCCGGAGAAGCUCCCGAGUUCAUCAGCCGGAAAAUGAAAGGAAAUGUGAGAAAGGAGGGAGGAGAAGUUUCGAGAAACGUUGUAUUUUGCUUGUGCAAAUCACUGAAAAACGAGCGCUGGCAAGAUCAGAAAGAUCGGCUGGCAUGCUGGGAAUUGAAUCACGAGUCGGAUGAUUUUCCUUCUCAACUUCUGCAGUUUUCCUGUUUGUCCCCAAAAAUUUCCGGCAACCAAACGCCGGGUUUCAUGAAUUUCCCGUCGCUAGUGCAAGACGUGAUGAUAGGUUCUUCAGGAAAAGAAUCCUUUGAAGAGCUCUUAGUGUGUUGCUACAACACCAUUGAGGAACUCAGGAAAGCUGGGAGCCUGGUGGGGAACCUUGCAAGGACGAUUGACUGCAAAAACAAGGAUUUAAGGGAGUUAGAGAACAAAUACGACAAGGUUAUGAGGGAAAAUGCUCGUCUUCUUCAAGCACAAGCUGAAGGUACCAAGGAAAUUCAGCUUCUGAAGGCUCAAAACAAAAGUCUGCAACAAAAUCUGGAUUCUCAGAGGAUUGAAAUCCAGAUGCUAGAGUGUCAAGUUGCUCGCGGCAAGAUUGAGAAAGAGCAGGCAAAACUGGCCCCAGAAAGUGGUGAGUUGAAGAAACAGCUGGCAGAGAAACAAGGGGAAUUGCACUCACUGGAAGAACUUAACAACACUCUGAUUGUUAAGGAGCACAGAUCUAACUCCGAACUGCAGGCUGCUCGGAAAGAAUUGAUAGAUGGGUUGCGUGAUUUCUUGGAUGAUCAGAGCGGAAUUGGGAUUAAGAACAUGGGAGAAGUCAAUCCAAAAGCUUUUGAAGAAGUUUGCUUGAAGAAAUUCCCUGUGGAGUCUGAGGCAAGAUUGAUGGGGAUCUGCUCAUUGUGGCAGUCUCAAGUUAAUAACUCAGAAUGGCAUCCCAUCAAGCUUGCACUUAUUGAUGGCAAACAUCAAGAAGUGAUAGACGAGGAUGACCCAGAACUGAGGAAGUUGAGGACGAAAUGGGGCGAGGGGCCUUACAAUGCAGUAGCGAAUGCAUUAAUGGAAUUGAAUGACUACAACCCAAGUGGAAGAUAUGUAGUUCCUGAACUCUGGAACUUCGAGGAAGGAAGAAAAGCCACGCUACAAGAGGCAAUAAAGUCUGUAUUUGAACGAGCGAAGACCUUCAAAUCUCCAAAGCGAAAGAGAUCACAAAGCAGCAGCUUGCAGCUAGUUUAA